UGCUCGCUGAUCGUGAAUUUUUGAACGCGAUUCGGCGUCGUCCCGGCGUCGAGGCCCCGCCGUAGCAGCAUGUCGCAGCACCCAACGCCUCAAUCAGCCGCAAGACGGGCUGGGCUCGCAGCAGAUGCGCCCCCCGCCAGCGCCCACCAAGAGCGAGAUUGGCUUGGCUCGGGCCUGUCAAUCGAUAGAUAGCCGUGCGUGCGCACGAUCAGGCCGCUUGCUGGCUGCGAGACCCGUGAAGAAGACCACGGGUCUCCGCUUCCCCUCGUCCCGUCGUGGAGAGCGGCCCGUCUUUGAACGAAGGAGCCGCAGGUCGCAAUAACCAGCCGCACCUCGAUCUCAUGGUUUUAUAAGACCACUCAUUUGUCGUUCUCCCCUUCAUUUCCUUUCUCGAUCAAGCCCCUUCAAGCCCUUCAAGUCUUCCCAUCCGCGGCUCCUGAUCAACAUGCGCUCAGCACUCGCCAUCACGGCAACGGCUACGGCCGCCCUCUUCUCUUCAGCACUCUCUGCUCCCGUCAUGGACGAGUUGUGGCGACGCGCAUCCAACUCGGUCACGUCCGAUGUCAACUACGCCGCAUCCAAGUCUUACACCCACGUCAUCGUUGGUUGUGGACUCGGCGGCCUCACCACCGCUGUCCGCCUCAGCGAGGACCCAAAGAACACCGUCCUCUGUCUUGAGGCCGGAGGCGACAGCCGCACCGAUGACCGCGUCGUCUCCAUGACCCAAUACGGCAAGGCAUUCGGCACCGAGCUCGACUGGGGAUGGGCCACGACUCCUCAACCAGCAGCUGGAGGCAACACCAAGACGAUUCGCGGCGGCAAGACCCUCGGCGGCUCAACCGCCAUCAACAAUGGCGCUUGGGGUCGAGGUGACGCAGCACAGUACGAUGGCCUGUCGCAGCUGGGCAACGAUGGCUGGAGCUGGUCCGACAUCGAGAGCUACAUGAAGAAGUCGGAGGACUGGAAUGCUCCUCAGGGCUGGCAGAAGGAUGCUGGCGCCCAGGGCGACUCCUCUGCUCACGGCACUGGCGGGCCUGUCACCGUCUCUUUCACUCCGGACAUGUACAAGGGCCCUCACCAGAAGGCCUACGUCAAGGCUCUCAACAACGCUCUGGGUGUACCUGAGGUCAGCGACCUCGCAGCAGGCAACGUCAGCGGGGUCGUCUCGUACUCUCAGAACUCGAUGCAGCCUACCGGCAAUCAGAUCCGCGUCUCGUCAGCUACGGCCUACCUCAGCCCCGUCGAAAAGAUCAGGCCCAACCUCGUCGUCCUCCUCAAUUGGCGUGGAGUCAAGAUGAACAUGGCCUCUUCCAACAACGGCAAGCACAAGGCUGCCUCCGUCGUCGCUCAGUCGACCAAGUCUGGCCCGCAGCGCACCUUCAAGGCCUCCAAGGGUGUCAUCGUUUCGGCAGGUGCCAUCCGCACCCCCCUCUUCCUCGAGGCCUCGGGAAUCGGCAACGCUGACGUCCUCAAGAAGAUCGGCGUCCAGCAGCAGAUUGACCUGCCGGGCGUCGGUAAGGGUCUCAUCGAGCAGACGAUGAACAGCAUCGGCUCCAAGCAAGGUCAUUACGACCCCAGCGGCAAGGGUCCUUCCAACAUCAUUGCUUUCCCCAACAUCUACCAGGUCAUGAGCAACGCGACCGAGGUACGCAGCUGGAUUGAGAGCAACAUGGACAGCUGGGCUCAGGCUCAGGUCAACGCAGGCUCGGCUGUGAACAAGGCUGGGCUGCUCAAGCAGUACGAGCUGACCGUCAAGCUCAUCUUCGACGACAAGGUCGGCAUUGUCGAGCUCUUUGGUGACCACGGGUACCCGCAGUCUGGUAUGGGUGUCGACCUGUGGCAGAUGAUGCCCUUCUCUCGCGGCUCGGUCCACUCCACCGACGCCUCGGGCUUCUCACACCCGCAGCUCAACCCCGGCUACUUCACUAACCCCGUCGACAUGGCCCUCACCGUUGCCGGCUUGCGCGCAGCCCGCAAGACGCUCAAGGACUCUGCGAUCCGUGACGGCCUUGGCGAGACUGAAUCCCUGCCUGGCUUCAGCGUCAUCCCUGACAACGACCAGCAGGGCGACUUUGCCAAGUGGCAGAACUUCGUCCUCAAGGGCAACGGUGGGAACGGCUUCUCUUCGGUUCACCACCCGAUCGCUACGGCGAGCAUGAUGAGCCGCGAGCUGGGCGGUGUGGUGGACCCGAACUUCAAGGUCUACGACACGGAGAAUGUGUGGAUCGUCGAUGCGAGUGUGCUCCCCACGCAGAUGACGGCGCAUUUGAGCGCGUCGCUGUAUGGUCUGGCUGAGAAGGCGGCGGCGACGAUCCGCAAGGCGUAGGAUGGUUUGAGGUGAGCGAGAGCAGGCUUUGAUGGUAGCGCACUAGCGCUCUCGGCCGUGCGUGGACUCUCGUGUGCGCGGGACAGGAACUUGUACAACAUCAGAAUCGGCUACCAGCAUUGACAUGACAAUAUCAGACUGCAUUCGACAUAUGAGCAAGGCAGAGAGUAAUGAGGACGAUG